AUCUCUUUCUUGGUGAAUUGAGCAUAUCUUAUCUCUCUGCCGCGCCACAAAGUGAGGAGCUGGUAGUUGAUGGGUCUGUGGUGAGGAGUGGAAGAAACUUAACUGUAAUCGCUGUUGAGUUCAGGAUCAAGAAAAGCUGGAAGCUAGUUUACAUUGCUCGUGCUACUUUAUAUCACAUGCCCGUUGCCAAGUUAUGAAGUGUCUGUUAUGGGGUCAGUGAAUUAUAUUUGAUCUGUAAACCUGUUCUUCCUUUUCUUCACCGCAUAAAUAUAUAUUUAUAGUAGUUUUUUUUUUUUUUUAAUUGGACAUAAAGGAUCUCCAACAAAUUGUGAUGAUCCUAAUGGAAAACUUUAAGACA